UCUUCUCAAAUAAAUAAAGGCACAAAGUAAGUGCAAAAUAUCGAAAUUUUCGCUAAGGUUAUAGUUUAUUUUAAAUUAAUUGAACACUUGAAAUCUUAAAAAAAUCAUUAGCCUUCGUGGAAGAAUACACAGUUUUUCUCUGUUUCGAAUGAAAAAGAUUUGUAUGAAACCCAUUGAAUAGGUUGGUUAGUAAUUAUGGAUAACGUAAAUCGGAACAUUCCCCGUUUACCAGGACCUGCUAUAAAUCCUGUAGUAGAAAAUUCAGACGAACCACAACCAAGUCUCUCGGAUUUACACGAUUUUGAGCCAAAAUUAGAAUUUGAUGAUUCCGAACUAUUGGCGACUCCUUUUACACAUACCCAACACGAUGUGAUGGAUGAAGAUUUUGUGAUUACAGAUGAUCCCAGCGAUGAGCCAGUAGAAAUUCCAAAUCCCCUAGAAGAUGAUUUUGAGGAUCAAUUAAGGGAAGAAAAUGAAAAUUUCAGUAUUACACCCAAAAGAAAAAACUGUGAUUUUUUGGGAACAGAUAAACAGGGACGACAUAUUUUUGGUAUUUACGCAUCGAGAUUUCCAGAAAGAUCACAAAUGGAAAGUUUCAUCAGAGAUAUCAUAAAAGAAAUUGAACCAUAUGUCGAAAAUGAUUACAUACUGGUAUAUUUCCACCAGGGCUUGAAAGAGGACAAUAAACCAUCGGCGCAAUUCCUAUGGAAUUCAUAUAAGGAGCUUGAUCGAAACUUUCGAAAAAAUUUAAAAAAUCUCUACGUUGUGCAUCCCACAUGGUUUAUACGUGUCAUAUGGAAUUUCUUUAGUCCUUUUAUUAGUGAAAAAUUCCGCAAAAAACUUGUCUAUAUAUCCAGUUUAGACGAACUGCGACAAGCUUUGGGCUUAUCGAAAUUGAAAUUACCCGAUACCGUCUACAAUUUUGAUGAUAGCCUUAAUCACUCGCGCAAACAACAUCCACACGACGAUUUACCUAAUAGCAAACAAAUGGCUAAAACAACACAGUUUGGUGUAACGCUUAAAUUUAUCGUUACCAAUAGUCCGUGUUUAAAUUCAAUACCGCCCAUUGUACGCAAAUGUGUAGAUUCAUUGUCGAUUACGGGCAUGAUAGAUACUGAAGGUAUAUUUCGGCGUUCUGGCAACCAUUCCGAAAUCAUAGCUUUGAAAGAUCGCGUCAAUCGAGGCGAAGAUGUUGAUCUCAAGGAUGUUAAUGUUCACGUUAUAGCCGGUCUAUUAAAAAGUUUCCUUAGAGAUCUAUCCGAGCCGUUAUUAACCUUUGAAUUAUAUGAAGAAAUUACAAGUUUCAAGGAAUGGCCUAAAGAGGAUCGAUCCCGCAAUGUAACACAAUUGAUUCGUGAGAGAUUACCUGAAGAAAAUUAUGAACUAUUUAAAUAUAUUGUGGAGUUUUUAGUAAGGGUUAUGGAAUGCGAAGAUCUCAAUAAGAUGACUUCGUCAAACUUGGCUAUUGUCUUUGGUCCCAACUUUUUAUGGUCUGAUAAGAAAACAACAUCUCUGGAUGAAAUUGCACCUAUCAAUGACUUUGUUGAUUUUGUAUUGCGGAAUCAUAAAGACAUCUAUUUAGUCGACAUCAAUCAACGUCCCACGCCUAUAGGCUGAACAUUUAAAAAUAUAACCAAUAUUUUAUAGGCAAUAUUGAAGAUAACCAUAAUAAUUUCCGUAAAAAUAUAAGCCACAAACACAAAAAAGAAGGGAAAAAAAAGAAAGAAAGAAAAGAAAACAACAAAAUAAUUAUUCUAAAAUUUUUAUGUAAUAACUAAGUAUAAAUAAGAUAUGAAGGUGUUAAAGCAUCGCAUACAAAAAUCAAUAAGCCUAGGUUAUUCCAUUUAUGUUAAGUGUAUAUUAAUAACAAAUUACUUUUAAUAACAUACAAAUGCAUUACAUACACACACAUAUACAAGUUUGGGUUGUUUUGUAUAAUCUGUCAAGUUUUAUAGAAUGUUAAGCUGUUGAUUUCCUAAAACUAUAAACUCCUUAAUUUUUCCCGCUGAACACACCACACUUUAAUGUAAUCCAACAAUAACUUGAUGUUUAUAUAUAUAUGUAUUUCUAUAUUGUUUAACUAUUUACAUAAAAACCAAUAUAUACAUACAAAUAUUUUUAAUUACCAAAGAAUGUUUUAAAUCAAAUGCUAUUAUUGGUCAUUGUAAUAUGGUAUUGUGUAUUGUUUUAUUUAACACAAUGUUAAAUUGUCCUUAAAAUAUUCAUUGCAUCAGUUUAUUAUCAGUCACACUUCAAAUGGCAGUGGUGUAGUCUUAAAGUGCAUUAUGCAAUCUUUUUUUUUAUUUUUUAUUCCAACAUUUAAUACAACAUCAAACAAACAUCGUUCACACUAGAUCAUACAUAUGAUCAAUGUGUGAUGAAACAAGUAUAUGUGGCACAAACACAAAAACAACAAUUCGUAGAAAUUACCAAGGCACACUAAAAACACAAAUCAAAAUAAAUAAAACAAGUUUUAAACUUUGUAAUAUAAAUGUUAUUAUAGUAAGAAACUAAAGAAAAUAAAAAUAUUUAUAAUGAUUGACAAA